AUGGUGAAUAAAGUGCUUGUCUCUGGUGUUUCCCUCAUCCUGGUGGUGGGUGUUGCCAUAGGUGUUGUUUCUGUUGUUAAUAAUAAAAAAGAAGAUCCUGAGGUAGCAGCUCAUCAAAAAUCUGUGAAGUCAAUGUGCCAAGGCACUGAUGACCAGAAGCUUUGUUAUGACACUCUUAGCUCUGCGAAAGCCUCCAAUUCCUCAGACCCAAAAGUAUACAUAGCAACUGCAGUGGAAGCAAGUUUCAAAAGCGUGAUCCAAGCCUUGAACAUGAGUGACAGGCUCUCAGUGGAGCAUGGAAACAAUAACCCUAGCAUCAAGAUGGCCCUCGAUGACUGCAAGGACUUAAUGCAAUUCGCCCUUGACAGCCUCGAAGCCUCAGCUAAUUUGGUUCGUGACAACAACAUGCAAGCAAUUCAUGACCAAACCCCUGACUUCAGGAACUGGUUGAGUGCUGUUAUCUCGUACCAGCAGUCAUGCAUGGAAGGUUUUGAUGAUGAGAAAGACGGUGAGACAAAGGUUAAGGAACAGUUGCAAACGGAUAGUUUGGACCAAAUGGGAAAGCUCACUGGCAUAACUCUUGACAUUGUCACUGAUUUAGCCAACAUUCUUCAGAACUUUGACUUGAAGUUGGAUUUGAAUCCUGCAUCUCGUCGUCUUCUGGAAGCUGAUGAGGUCGACCAUGAAGGAUUACCCACAUGGUUCUCACCUGCAGAUAGAAAGCUCUUGGGUAAGGUGCAUAAUGGAGGAGGUCAAGUCACACCAAACGCUGUUGUUGCCAAGGAUGGAAGUGGUAAAUUUAAAACCGUAAAGCAAGCUAUUGACUCAUAUCCUAAGGGCUUCAAAGGCAGAUACAUUAUCUAUGUUAAGGCUGGGGUCUAUGACGAGUACAUCACCAUUCCUAAACAGUCAGCUAAUAUUCUUAUGUAUGGUGAUGGCCCUACAAAAACCAUUAUCACUGGUCAUAAAAACUUCGUAGAUGGUGUGAAGACAAUGCAAACUGCCACCUUCGCGAAUGUUGCACCUGGAUUCAUUGCCAAGUCUAUGGCAUUUGAGAACACAGCUGGUCCUAGUAAACACCAAGCAGUGGCAUUUAGAAACCAGGGAGAUAUGUCUGCUUUUUUCGAUUGUGCCAUGCAUGGUUUUCAGGACACCUUGUACGUUCAAGCGAAUCGUCAAUUCUACCGCAACUGUGAAAUAUCUGGUACCGUUGACUUCAUCUUCGGUACAUCACCGACAUUGAUUCAGAAUUCUAGAAUCAUUGUGAGGAAGCCAAAUCCUAAUCAAUUCAACACAGUGACCGCAGAUGGCACAUCACAAAAGAACAUGGCCACAGGGAUUGUAAUCCAGAAUUGCGAGAUCGUGCCAGAGAGGGCUCUAUUCCCUGAAAGGUUACAAUUUAAAAAUUACUUGGGGAGGCCAUGGAAGCAGUAUGCUAGAACAGUGGUUAUGGAAUCCAACAUCGGUGACUUAAUUGCGCCAGAAGGGUGGAGUGUUUGGAGUGGGAACCAAUUUCUUGAUACAUUGUACUAUGCUGAGCAUGCUAAUGUGGGAGCUGGUGCCAAUCUUCAAAAAAGGGUGAAGUGGAAGGGUUACCAUGCAAACAUUAAUAACAAUGAAGCUGCGAGAUUCACUGCUGGACAAUUCCUAAGAGCUGGACCUGCUGGAAGAGCUGAGGAUUGGUUGAAGGCUACUGGCAUUCCUUACGACAUUGGCUUCACAAAAUAG